CGUCCCUGUAUUAUUAUUGGGAGUUUUUGCGUUGCAUGGGUGGGAGCAGCAAACUCUUAUAGUAGUGGAGAUGGUGACAGUAUACUGAGGUUAUAUUGUGGGGUGUGGAGGGUUGGCAAAACAGUGAGGACAUGGCGCUGUCAGUCGUCAACCAGUUAAUGGUACUGAUAUCUCUAACUCUGGUAGUGGUAACCAUCAUGCCCAGGAUCUUUGGCAGCGUGGGAAACAGAGAGGUAGCCGGCAAGCAGGAAAAAGAGAGGAUUUCGCCUGUUCACGGCCGUGCUAGCAAAGGUAAUCCUGGUAAAUCAAAUAUGGCUCCAGGAGGGCCAGAAAUGAUUAUUCCAAAUAAUAUAAGAAAUUCAAUAGAACAGGAAAUGAAAACAGAGAAGAUAAGUGGGAGAAGCCAUGGCAUUGCUUUCACUCUGAUGCCAGUUUAUGCUAUAGGUGUGGCUCUCUUUGCAGCAUUCAAGUUCACAAAAAUAAAUAGAAAAGAAAAUAAUCAAGCACAGCUGGAAGAAGAAGCAACCAAAAGGAAGGCAGAAGAAACAGAAAACCAGCUUGUUGAACUAGAGCGUCAUCUUUUACAAACUGAGGACAUGUUGAAUUCUUUACUCUCACAGCUGGAUCCACUGUCUAACUGCGUUAAUGGUCUAGCUAAUGGACAAAACGAUGAAAUAAUGAAUCAGCUGCAGCAGAUCAGACAACUAAUGAAGAGAACUGGAGUGGAUAAAAGUUCAGCCAACAAUGUCUGCCAAGAUCUUCUGGAAGAUUUUGAUUCAUUCAAGGGGCACUGUUCUCAUCUUAGUGAGGAUGAUGAAAAGGAAAAUGAAGAAUCCUUGACUAAUUCUUAUGAAACAAACAGGACUCAGUAUGUGACAGAAGAGGAAUAUAAUGACACUGAUUCCCUGGAAGCAGUAGACAGUGAUUAUUGUAAUGAAGAUGCUGUCCUAUCAAAGGAAGGCUUGAGAAAGCGCAUUGUGACUGAACUGUAAUGACACUUGGCAUUUAACUUUCUAUGAAUUUAAGAUUAUUCAUACAAAUUUAGAAACUAUAAAGGUUUCAUUUGAAGGUAUCGUUAGUAUAAAAUCUACAGUAAACGAAUAGAUCCAUGCAUUGAGUACAUUUAGAAAUGUGUAUGACAUUUUAAAUGAUAUGUAGGCUAGCAUGAUACCUGCAGGUCAGACUUAUUCUGGCUAAAGACAAUGGAUAAACCUAGGGUUCAGGUUCAGUGUGGGUUGCUAUUGGCUAGCUGCAGUGUGCAGUAGCUUUUACUGUGCUUUACAGCUGCUCUUACUAUCCCUUUGCUUCUGUCAGUGUGGCACUAGGUCCUAUCACCUUUGAUGUCAUCUCUGGCAUCACCAUAGGGUAUGCAUUGGGCUGUAAGGAGUAGGUGUGGGUUAGAGCUAAUGAGAGUCAGGAAAUUCCCAAACUACACAUUACUAUACUUUGUGUCAUGCUAACUUUACCAUGAAAGAGAAAAAUAAGGAACCAUAUGUAAAUGAAAUAAUUCACAAGCUUA